CGCGAAGACCAACACUUGCAACCGCGACCAGGUUGCCGUCGGCGUACCCAGAAGCACGUCGGCGAUGUCUCCUUCAUCAAGGUGCAAGCUCAACUCGGUCAACGCCCCAUCAAACGACGCGAUCGGCGUGCAAUCGAGCACGACUGGUGCAUCCUUCUACGCCAUCAAGACGUUUGCGUCAUCGUCGAGUGCGCCGAGCUCCUCACUCAACGUACACGGUGAGGUCAACACACGCAACGACACCGUUAUUGACGUGCUCAGAAGCACGUUGACUGGCUCGUCGACAUCACUGCCUGCAUUGACCUCGACGGAAGGCCAGGCUCGCGACAGGGAUCAUACCAGUCCUUUCUCAUAAAUAGGCAGAGCUCGAGGGGAUAUGUAGCAAUUGCGCACACUUACCAGCUCCAAGACCAAUCAAAGCUGUCGCUGCCGCGUCGACAACUG